UCGCGUCCAAGAACCCAACGGAAUAGUUUCCGGGGUUAACUUCAACCACCACCAUGCCAAGCGAGUUCUUGCAGAAGCAGCAGAAUGUGCCAAUGAUGUUUCGACGACAUGGCGACGUCACCCCGAAGACGAAGGGGCAUGCUCUGGGCGGGCACGUUCCAGCCCACGUGUACACGCGGCAGCUGGACAUCCCCGCCGCGGAGAAGGUGGCGCCAUUGAUAGCGUUCGACCCGUCCAAGUCCAAAGUUCCCAACUUUAUCGCGUUGGACAAAAAAGUGCUGCGCUUCGAAGGGUACUUUCUCGAAGCCGUGCACGAAAGCAACGUUGAAAACUACCGUGUCCGCAAAUGCGUGGUGCUGUAUUACCUCGAAGACAACACGAUUCAGAUCAUCGAGCCCAAGAUUGAAAACAGCGGCAUUUUGCAAGGCAAUUUCGUCAAGCGACACCGCAUCCCCAAGCCAGAAAGCGACGACGACGGCAACAUGGCGUAUUAUACGUUUUUGGACAUCAACAUUGGCACCCAAGUGACGUUCUACGGUCGCACAUUUCACAUACAAACUGCCGAUCCGUUUACGCGAACGUUCUUGACAAGUCAGGGGAUCCAUGUUCCGGCGGACCAGCCCACCCCGCGUGAUGCCUACACCGUGAUUCGACAUGCGCACAUGGCCCGUGAAACAGGGCAGGACAUGGACGCCAACUAUGGCAAGAAACAGUACCCGAUGAAAGAGUUUAUGGAGGCAUCGCUUGGAAAAUUCGCACGGCCACCGGACCACCGCCGUCGAUUUGUCCAGCACGAUCGCCACGUGUUGCGCUGGUUUGCCUUGUGGGAUGACACAUCCAAGCUGUACGGGACCAAACAUCGGUACAUUUUGCACUUCUUUUUGGCAGACAACACUGUCGAGAUUCGCGAGUCGUACGACCGCAACAGCGGGUGUGACCCGUUCCCAAAGCUCUUGAACCGGUCACGUUUGUUAAAGCAGCCCAAGUUCGAAGGCCCGUUUGCCACUGCGUUGACCCACGCCGCCCCCCCACCGGAAGAUGACUUUUUCAGCUGGGAACAUCUGGCGGUGGGGGUCACUGUAACCAUUUACAACCGCAACAUUCUGCUGCUCGACGCAGACGAAAGUACCCGGGAAUGGUACUUGGAUCAUGGAAUUGACGUGGGCACGGCGCUGGUGCUACCGGACAUGUCUGAGAAACCCAAGCCAUUCGUCCCCCCGCCGUAUAAUGGCAUCGGAUCGGAAAUCGACUCGCUCGGGUCGUGCUACCACUUAACCCCAAAACCCCACCGCAAAUCGAUGGAAGAAACGGACAACAAGAUCAUCUUGCGGUUCUGCGCCCACAUGGACACGACCAAACCGGAAGACGUCCUGCGCCGGUUCAUUGUCAGCUUUAUGAUCUGCGAUUUGUCGAUUAUGGUCAUGGAGCCUCCCCAGCGAAACAGCGGCAUUGGCGGGGGCAAGUUUAUGGAGCGGGGGAUUCAUAAAGAGCCGCGCCGAGGGACGCCGUUUGCAAAAUCGGACUUUUAUGUCGGCGCCCGUAUUGAAGUCGUGGGCCAGGGGUUCAUUCUAGACAACUUGGACGAGUACUCGGCCAAGUACAUGGAAGCCAACCCCAAGGACUUUCCCCAUGCUGACCGGGACAGAGUGCUCCGGAAACUAAAGGACACGUGGCGACCGGCGCUAUGGCAUGAAGUCGACGGCGACGCGGAGCUGACAGAGGCGCAGGCACGGCGCUGGCUGGGCGACCUCGACUUGGUACACCAUGAAGUGAUUGCCCUCCUUCGGGGCCCGUGUGCCAGCGAAGACGGGAAGCUGGACGUGGCGAAACUCAAGGCAGAAUUGGCCAAGUAGACGUGGAUUGUAGACAAGAACGACAUGGUCUAGAACGAAAACAUAGAUAUCUAUAUAUAUAAAUACCGAUAUACAUACGUUGG